CCAUGGAGACCGGCGGCGCGGCCUAGCCCGGCGGCCGAGACCCGACGGCCCUUCCCGCGAUGUCGUUCCGCGACCUCAGGAACUUUACCGAGAUGCUGAGGGCUCUGGGCUAUCCCCGGCUCGUUUCCAUGGAGAAUCUCCGCACACCCAACUUCGUGCUUGUUUCAGAAGUACUGCUCUGGCUCGUGAAGAGGUACGAACCUCAGGCUGAUAUCCCUCCUGAUGUGGAGACAGAACAGGACAGGGUUUUCUUCAUCAAGGCAGUGGCUCAGUUCAUGGCUACCAAAGCUCACAUCAAGCUCAACACUAAGAAGCUUUACCAGGCAGAUGGCUAUGCAGUGAAGGAGCUGCUCAAGGUCAUCUCUGUGCUGUAUGGUGCUAUGAAUACCAAGGGAGUGGAACAUGCAGACCUGAGUGAGGAAGACAGCAACAAGUUCAAGUUUGAUCUUGGCUCAAAAAUUGCUGACUUGAAGACAGCUAGGCAGCUGGCUUCUGAAAUCACCUCCAAAGGAGCAACUCUCUAUGACUUACUUGGCAAAGAAGUUGACCUUAGGGAAGCAAGAAUAGAAUCCAUUGCCAGACCUUUGGAGAUAAAUGAGGCUGAGAAGACACUGAAAAUUGCCAUUGGCUGUGUUCUGGAACAAGUCCAAAAGACUAAAGACAUGUUGAAUAAUGUGGCUUUGGAUGAAGCCAAUUUGGAAGCCAAGAUUCAAAAACGAAAAUUGGAACUGGAAAGAAGCCAGAAGAGGCUCCAGACUCUGCAAAGUGUCCGUCCUCCUUUUAUGGAUGAGUAUGAGAAGGUUGAGGAACAACUGCAGAAACAGUACAACAGUUACCUAGAAAAAUUCCGCAAUCUGACCUACAUGGAGCAGCUGCUGGAUGAUCAUCGACGGGCAGAGCAGGAGAUGAUCGAGGAAGCAGCAAACAUGUUCCAUCUGGAUCAGAACAGGCUGAAGGAAGAGGAACUGCACCUGUUUAAGAGCAGAACAGAUGCUGAGGAUUCCGACGAGGAGGACGGAGGCUCUGGCAGCGAAGAGGAGGGCGGGCGGGUGGUGAGGCAGCGCGCCGCCCUGGAGAUGCUGCUCCGAGGAAGAGCUGCAGCACGGCUCGUGGGAACAAUGCCAGAUGGAGACACAGAGGUGGAUGGGAGAUCAGCCCCAGCCUGGCCAGGCACACACAGGACCAUCGCCAAGGCACAGGAGGACUUGGGGGAUAGUGAGAUUGACCUGGAUGAAGAUGAGGAUGAGCAGGAUGAUAUGGAUGAUGACAGCAUGGAGAUCUCCCUGAGCAAACCCAGUCAGCGAGCAAAGAAACCAGAACCCCUGGAGGAAAGUGAUAACGACUUCUGACCCCUUAGGAUGUGCAAGCAGGAGCUUUGGGGAGCAGGCAGCCCAGGAGCUGAUGUCCUGCCAUGUGAAAAGUGCUUGUAAAUAAAGUUCCUUACACUUGAGAAUGAAA